ACAAAGACUAGCCCCAGCAAGCAACAAAAUUAACGAAAAAGGAACGCAGCAGAGGAUGUCCAAUCAGAACACCUGGGGAACUCAUUGCGACACUACAGUGACGUGCUCCCAGUGCAGGCCGAUGGUGAGCGCACAGCUUCCAGGUACUGCGCAGGAGACGGCUGUGCGCCUCGUACACAGAGCGCACCGGCUGAACAGCAGCUUACCCGCGCGUUUGUUGUCACCAUGUGGAAAGCGGUCAUCCUAGCAGCUGCCUGGGUGCGUGUGGCACAAACGGCCCUACCUUUGCCAACUUACAUCAAGCCAUGCGCGCGCAGCAAUCCCGACUUCAACGCCUGCGCAUUGCGGAGUGCACGGGACAGCUUUCCUUACGCAGUGAAAGGUGACCCCAGCUUCAGACUGCUGCCACUGGAUCCCAUGCAGGUGGAACAGGUCAAGGUGGAAGUUGGGGGCGCAGGGGGCCUCACAGUACUUAUGAAGAACGUGCACAUAUCUGGCAUAACGGACACCAAAAUAGAGAUGACAAACUUCAACUUCGAGACGCGGCACAUUCACCAUGAAGCCACGACCCCGAGGCUGGAGGUCAUCGGUCAGUACGAGGUGUGUGGCCGGGUACUGCAACUGCCACUGAGCGGCAGCGGGAACUUCAACGUCACGCUCGUGGACACACAUCUCACGUACGACGUGGACUAUAACCUGGAACUGAUUGACGGGAGGCGCCAUCUUGUUCCCAGGAACCCAGAGACCGCUGUCAGUCCCUCGAGGAUGCACGUGAAGCAGAUCGGCUUGUUCAAAGGCAACGAGAUGCUGGACGAGCGAACUAACGAGUUUCUGGAGGAGAACUGGAAGGAACUACUCAAGGAACUGGUGCCCAUAAUGAACACAGUGUUCAGGGACAUCCUCUUCAGAUUCCACACAAGAUUCGACAGCAUGGUGCCCUUUGAUGUAGCCUUCCCGGAGCAUCUUCCGUAGGUAGGAGCGACAGCGGAUUGCAGCCAUGUGACGCCGUCACGACUGGACGAACACCUCGCACACCUCGCAUCAGCAAACGGUGUGCACUUUGAGGAAAACGAGACGACGUGGACAGAGCAAAGAACUGAGACACACCGGAAGCUGCACUACCGGGUGAUUCACUCGGAGGGGCCCGGAAGUAAUAAUUAAAAUCAUGUAAAAAUUUACCGGUGAAAACUAAAUUUGGCAACACUGCGUACUUUGCAGCAUCGACUUAGUGCCUUCCUAUCGGGUUCGCGCCAUUUCCUGUCGGCCUGUGUCUCCGGGCGGAGGGAAACAAAUUUGUCAUGGCCUUCCGUAACUUGACCCCAGAUAUUCAGGGAGGGUGUUUGAGAACAGGGGCUGAGGAGAAUAUUUGGACCGAAGAAGGAUGAAGUGACAGGAGGUUGGAGAAA